GAUGAAGGAGCGGUUCAGCCUAUGACAGACCGGGGGAGUGUCGUUAUUGACAUAAUGUUGUAGGUCUGGCAGACGACUCCAAGGAGCACCGGGGCGAGACAAAACACACCCAGGGUCCACCAUCAGUGAGCCUGUCUUCAGCAUCUCCUCUCCAGUAGUUGACUAUGUUUUGAUGACCAUCUGCUGUCUCCUGGAUCUCACCGACAGUCACAUGAUGCUGACUUUAGAUGUUCAUGGAGAAAUGAAAUGUGCAUGAGACAGUCCAGGUGGGAACUGGCAGUGGCCUGAGGUAGAGCCAUGGGCUGUGGGGGGAGCAGGACCGACGCUCUGGAGCCUCGAUACCUGGAAAGCUGGACCAAGGAGACAGAGUCUACGUGGCUGACCAGCACAGACGCUGAUAUCCCCCUGUCGUCCAUCCAGAGCAUCCCCUCUGAGAACUCUGAGGCAGGCUUUUCUUCUGAGAAAACAAUCAGCCCAGUUCCAGAUUUCUUUGAAGAUGGCCUCCCUCCUCCUGCUCAGGCUUACCUAAAGGUCUGCUCAGCGGUGUCAGAGGCAAGUCUGAACGACGUCAAACCCACCAGCCCUCCUGCGAAACUGGCCUCUCCACCGCAGGAAGCAGUGUUACCUUCAUCUGGCACCACAGUGCAGCGCAGAAGUGUCUUACACACCGAAGAGAUUACAAAAUGGCAGGACAAUCGGAUGUCCACUAAGCAAGUGACCAUCACAGUGACACAGAGCAUCCAUCAGGUGGACAAAAACGGCAAGGUCAAGAAGUCACUCACCACAUACGAGGUCAUGAAACCUGUGGAGGCGCUCAAACAGGUGACGGCGCAGAACACUUGAGCGCAGGUGAGCGUGGAAGAAGCCAAAGUCACACGAUGAUGUGACUCAAAUAAACUGAAUGUGUUUUUGUGAGGACAACUCGGGUGAUGAAAGCACACGAAGGUCCAACUUUCCUGAGACUUUAAACCGAACUAAAACUUAGGUCGUCAAACUGAAAGAUGUGGCUCAUUUCUUCAUUUUCCAAGUUGAACUAGCCUGUAUUGUAUUUAACUCUGUAAGAUGUAUUUUUAUGGUGCCUGUUACAGUGUUUCGCUCUAUUUUGACAUGUGAAACUAUAGAUCAGAGAAAUUCUUAAUUUUACAGCAAAAAACAUUAUCAGAUAAAAUAAAUUAAGAAAGCAUAGGAUGUACAUCAUAGUUUUGAAAUGUGGCACAUUAAGAUUUCAUGAGUAAGAAUCUAAAAUAUACUAACAUUUUAAUUAAUAUGGUCAAGACAAAAAAAAAUUUACUUUAGUUCUGGUCUAAUGUUAAACACAUAGCUGCUGCUG